AUGGGCGCAGCAGAGGCGCAGCGGUACCAUCGCCUGAAGCUCGAUCUGGGGUCGGAGUUCUGGAUGGAGCACGCCCGCGCCGAUACCAACCCGACGCUCCGAGCCGUACAGUACAUGCGAGAGAAGUGGGCCAAAGCAACUGUUGGAGGCUACAACGACGAAGACAUGUUCGACGCGCUGAAAAGGUACGCAGCUACCACUAAAAGCGUGAUCGAGGUUGAGAGAAGCAGCUCGGGCUCAUUCUGCGUGGCUCUGGUGACGCCGUUCAUGAAGCGCGUCCAUGCCCUCCGAGAGGCUGGAGAGGUGGUGUUUGUUGACGCCACAGCUUCUGUCGAUCGUCUAAACACCGCGGUCUUGCCGCUGCUCUGCUGCAGCCCUGCUGGAGCCCUGCCUUUGGGAGUGGUGUUCUCCUCAUCUCAAGACGAGGCUCAACUGACAACAGGCUUCCAGCUCCUCCAGAAAGCUGUCGGCAGUGGAGCCUUCAAUGGACGAGGGCAUCCUUCCGCUUUCAUCACGGACAACUGCGAUGCUGAACGAAGGGCACUGCGGACCGUCUGGCCUGAAGCCGAACAGUUCCUCUGCGUUUUUCAUGUACUGCAGCAGGUCUGGAGGUGGCUCCUAGACAGCAAACACGGCGUCCCGAAGGACAAACGACAGGAACUGAUGCGCAUCAUGCAGAAACUGGUGUAUGCGGAAAGCCCAGAACGCUUUCAGGCUCUCCUGGCUGCAGAAGACAUAACCCAUGAAGGUUUCGCCAGGUACAUGGAGGGCCUCAUCGAAAGGCGCGCUGAAUGGGCGAUCGCGUACCGCCAAGGAUCCGCACUUCGAGGGAACCACACGAACAACUAUGCGGAGGCCACGAUGUGCAUCAUCAAAGACAUCGUCAUGAACAGGUGUAAAGCGCGCAACGCAUGCGAGCUUAUCAUGCUCAUGGACGAGAUCUACAACGGCUACAUGGUGCAGCGCCUGAUCGACUUCGCUCUUGGCCGUCGCCAAAGCAAACGUUUGGCACCACCUACCAUGAACGAGGCUUCCAUCACCAGAGUAGACGACCACCACUUCCGUGUGGCGAGCGAAUCGCACCCGAACGUCACAUACGAUGUGGCUAUGGACGUGGGAGUCUGCUCGUGCCCCCAGGGGCAAUCGGGUGCCAUCUGCAAGCAUCAGCUGGCCUGCUCUCAUGUGACAAACAUGACUCUGCCACAAGCCUUCAAACCCUCUGCCGAGAACCGACGCUGGCUGAUGUGCGUGGCGGUGGGUGAGGACAAAGCUCCAGACGUCAGCUUCUUUGGAGAGUUGACAGAUGCGCCAAUAAGCGAGAAAGUGGCGACUGAGCCCAUUCUUCCGAAACCGUCAGAGGGCGACUCGGGCCACCCAGGUGGAACUGAAGAUGCUUCCUGUGCGAUCUGGGACGAUGACGACUUUGAAGCCGCGGUUCCAGGACCGUCAUCGUCAGCGAACGCCUCCGAGACCGUCGAUGUGAGCCCGUCCGAGCUCCGACGAGACUCUUCAGUCGGGCAGAAACCAUCGACGGAGGUGAUCGACGGAUAUUGGUCUACCAUGCGGCGUGCGCUCCUCAAAUUUUACUGA